UAAUCAAGUAAGGUGGUAAGGGUCUUGUCACUCUUCUUUCUCUGUUCUUUUGCAAUUCACAAGAACCUCGCCGGGACAAUGGCACCGGCUAACCACCGGAAUUUCUUUAAAACUUCCCUACUUUUUUUUGACUUCAGAUACUAGAUACUCCGUAAUAGAUAAUUGAGAUGGUCAAACUACACUAAAGGAUUUUUUUUAUAAAAAUGUGCCUCUCAGAAUCACGGGCCCUGGCCGGUUGUCCUCCCCGCACACCCUCAGGGCCGCUCCUGAUAGUGUUUGUUCACUUGGAUAUCGAUUAUUGAUAGGAUAUGAGGGAGGGAGGGAGAGUGACUUUAGUUCAGGUUUUGGUAAAACUCUCUAUUGAUUGUCCUUUUAUGGAUAUCAAUAUGUUAGGUUUAGUAUCAAUUACAUAGAUGGUCCUUAUAGUUUAGUAUAUUACAUAUUUGGUCCCUAAAUAUAGAAAAUUACACUAUUCAUCUUCACAUUGUUCACUUAUGGGUAAUACAUGUAGUCUCUUUAGUGUAUGGAUGUUGAAAGGUUGAUGUAAUUUACAACCUACACCAGUCAAUGUGGUGGUGUCACAGAUCAACAACUCGUAUUUGUGUUUCACCCUAAUUGUCAUCCGGUGGUGUUUGAUACGGUGGUCCAUGAUUGUGUUUCCCGCUAUAUCCCUCUUAGUAAAACUAAAAGAUCCCAUUUUUCUUUUUUAUUUUUUAUAUUUAAAACAAAUUUUUUAUUAGGAGCAGCAUCAUUUGUAUUUCUUACCAAAGGAAAGUGAGUGGUUGGUUAAAAUUGAUACUGCAAUUCUACCCUUCAUCGAUUCUGCUUCUCUUCUCUGUUAGAUCACGAUGACUCGUCGUGCGAAUUCUCAUCUUCAUCGUGCUUUCAUCGAACUCAAAGGUAUUUUCAUCACCAAUUCUUUAACAACAACCCCUCCUUCAUCUCCCAAAUUAGGUUUACAAUCCACUCUUUUAGCUUCUCUUCUUCACUCCACUUCCUUUUCAAAUAUUGGGGAUCGUCCCCAAUCUAGGUAUCAAAAGGUUACCAGCUUGGAUGAUGCCUUUAACCUGUUCGAUGAAAUGAUCCAGAGAAAACCCCUCCCAUCUGUUAUCAAGUUUAAUCAGUUGUUAAAUUCUGUUGCAAAAAUGAAACAUUUUUCUUCUUGUCUCCAUCUUUUCAAACAAAUGUGUGCCGUUGGAGUGCCUGUUAACGAGUACUCUAUGAGCAUUGCAAUCAAGUGUUGUUGUCAGAUGUCUCGCACCAAUGACGGUUUUGCCCUCCUAGCUUCUUGCUUCAGGCGUGCUGUUGUACUAAAUGUGUUCGUAUUUAGUACACUCUUAGAUGGACUGGUGCUAGAAGAUAGAAUUAUUGAGGCUGAGAGACUCUUCAAGAAGCUCAUCAAACAGAAACUAUGUGAACCUGAUGUAGUUAUGUAUUCCACUAUGAUCAAAGGGCUUUGCAAGUUUGGCAAUAAUGAUAUUGCCAUUGCUUUGCUUAGGCUCAUGGAUGAAAGAGGCUGUAAGCCUAAUGUUGUUGUAUAUAGUACUAUCAUUGAUAGUCUCUGCAAGGACAAAAUGAUAGAUGAUGCUUUCAAGCUUUUCAAUGAAAUGGUAUUUCACAAAGGCAUUCUACCAAAUGUCAUCACAUACACCUCUCUGAUUUAUGGCCUUUGUAUCUUGUGUCGUUGGGACGAGGUCUCUAAGCUGCUAAAAGAAAUGGAGGAAGAUCUAAGGAUCUCUCCUAAUUUUCAAACCUUUAGCAUAUUAGUUGAUGCAUUUUGCAAGGAAGGUAGGGUGGAUGAAGCGGAGGCUGUUAUAGACAUCAUGGUUGAGAGAGGUGAGGUUCCUAACAUAGUGACAUACAAUUCACUUGUAGAUGGUUACUGUCUGCGAGGUGAGAUGACCAAGGCAAGGACACUUUUUGAUUCACUUACUUCUAAAGGUCUCGUCCCUGAUGUUGUUACUUAUAGCAGUUUAUUGAAUGGGUAUUGCAAGAAUUUUAAAAUAGAGGAGGCCCUGAAGAUGUUCCAUGAAAUAACAAUAAAAGGUUUGAAGCCAAAUAUAGUCACUUACAAUGCCAUGUUACAGGGAUUGUUUCGGGUUGGGCGUUGUGGAGAGGCACGCAAACUCUUUGAUGAGAUGCGAUCACAAGGCCUAAUUCCAAAUGAAUGCACCUAUAGAAUAAUAUUAGACGGUCUUUGCAACAACCGUCAAGUUGAAGAUGUGCUCUCUUUGUUUCAUUUGGUGGGUGAUAGCAAGCUAAACUCUGACAUUCAAGUGUACACUAUUCUUAUUGAUGGUAUGAGCAAAUGUGGGAAGCUUAAUAUUGCAAGGGAUCUUUUCCAAGACCUAACUCUAAAAGGUUUGAAACCUAAUGUUCGGACAUAUAAUGUGAUGAUUAGUGGCCUAUGUAGGGAAGGUAUGCUGAAGGAAGCAAAGCACUUGUUUCUUACAAUGGAUGAGAGUGGCUGCCCGUCAGAUAAUGUUACUUACCGUGUUCUUCUGCAAGGAUAUCUUAAGAAGAAGCAUUACGAUGAUGUAGAGAUGCUUUUAGAGGAAAUGGAUGGAAGAAGUUACUCACUUGAUGCAACAUCUUUAUCGUUUUUGAUUGAUGACAUCGCAGCUGGUUCAGUAGACAGAAGCAUGCUUCAGCUGAUUGGUAGGCUUGUGCCAAAAGAAUUGAUCAGCACUCCCGCCCUGUUAACAGCCUUGGAGCAACACUGAAAUGGUGAUCAUGACUGGCUUCUCUUUUAGGUAUUUGGGGAAUGAGAAAUGAAGAUUGUACCUACAAAAUGUAGUAAGUAGGAGAUCUGUAACAAUUGGGCAGGUUCUAAUUAAUGAGUUCAAAACUUUUAACA